AUGCUAUCGUGGCUCGAUCAACGUUCUCGCGAGAUCUUUCCCGCCAAAUCAGAUAUGCUUUUCGGUGGUCUCAAUAUUGUGAUGACGGGCGACUUUUUUCAAUUGCCCCCGACGAUCGAACUCAACGUCAUUCGCCGCCAAGAGGGACAGGAUGAAGAAGCCUCGGCGUUCAGAAAGGCGCUGGACAGUCUCCGGGACGACACGGUUUCCGUGGACGAUUGGCAACUCCUGUCGACUCGUGUUCAGUCAGUCGUGCCGUCGGAGAUUCUAGCAUUUGCGGACGCCCUCCGCACUUAUAGCACGAAGCAACAGGUGGCGGAGUUCAAUCACGAUCGCCUGCGAGAUCUUCGACGGCCUGUUUUCGUCGUCCAUGCGUCUCAUGAAGGGAUCCAGGCGUCGAAUGCGACGACCGAAGAAGCCGGCAACCUGCAGACGGCGAUUCCACUGUCAAUGGACUGUCGAAUUAUGUUGACCGAGAAUAUCUGGACCGAACGCGGCCUGGUGAACGGCUCUCUCGGGACGGUGGAGGAUAUCAUUUGGAAGGCGGAUGCGAAUUGGCGGAAGGACCCUCCAUUCGCGAUUCUCGUCCACUUUGACGGCUACGAGAGGCCUUCUCUAGGUGACGCAGGUGGCCAUUCUUUGGUGCCGAUCAUUCGCUCGAGGCGAGAUUUCUACUACGGUGCCGUCAGCUGUUCUCGGACACAGUUCCCCAUCACCAAUGCCUAUGCGAUCACGGUCAUAGGGCGCAAGGAAUGA